CGGCCAGCCUUUAAGUUGUGUUUUGCCCGCGCGUUUGCAAUUUUUUGGCUUGUAUCUCAACCAUAACGAUCUCAGGCGAUCUCUUUCUGUGGCAGGACUCGAGGGCCCUGCUCUGGCAGUAAUUGUCAUAUUUUUGGCGUUUGGUUUGCCAAUUCUUCGGAUGUUUUGUAUUUGGCGGAUGCGUGAGUGUGUGUGUGUUGGUUCUAUAUACAUAUGUACGCAUCUAUAGCUGUGUGUUUUUGUGGCAGUCUGUAUGUUUUUUUCCAAUGCAUGACUGACUGCUCGGGGAAAGCUUUUUCCCUCCAAAGUUAAAAGCCGCGGCAAUAACAAAUUGCAAAGAAAACAAAAAAACCAAAAAAAAAAAAACAAAAACAAUUCGCCGAGAGUGCGAAAGAAAGAGAGAGGUGAAACACAACCUUUGACUUUGACUCACUUGCACACCAACACAUGCGCCCCGAACCCCCGAACGGUGAGCCCAAGCAGCUUAAAAAAUAUACAAAAAAUUAAGUAAAAUAAGUACAAAUUGUGUUGUCAAAUAAACAAUAAACAAAAAGCUCACGGAAUUUGCAAUUUUGUUGCCAUAUUUUGAGCUGCAUCGGUGUGCGUGCUUCCGUGCGAGUGUGUGCGUGUGUGCGGCGAUCUGGCAGCACCAACAACAACAGCAGCCACGAAAGAAAUUGCGUUUCGACAUUUUUCGAUUUCCUUCGUCUCUAAUUGUCUUUUCCCAACAAAUUACCUGUAAUCAAACAAGUGCAUUAACAACUAGUGCCGAAAGCCAGAAAAACUGAACCAUUAUCCAGAGACCGUGGGCCGUGGUUUAGUGGAGACGCAAACCCAACACUGUAUUAAUGAGUGCCCCUCAAAAAAAUCGCAAAAUAAACCAAUACGAACAACUACGCCCGAUUUGCCGCUGAUAUAGCGCUGAUAAAGAAUCCAUAAAGUCAGCUGCACUUCUGCGAUAAGGAGUAGCGCCGGAGCAGCCUCAAACUGACGCCGACACCGACCAAGAUGUCUACGGAGCGCGAGCUGGCUCCCGGGGGGCCAGCUCAGCUCCACCCGCACACGUUGCCCCUGACGUUCCCGGAUCUGCAGAUCACCUCCGCAGUGGGCAUCAUUGGCAAGGUCUACGAGUCACAGUGGACCCCCUCGCCCACUCGGCCUCAGAGUCCCUCUCAGGCGCAGACUAGCUUCGACACGCUCACAUCACCACCGGCGCCCGGCUCAUCGGUCAAUCCCACCGCGGUCACCAGCCCGAGCGCCCAGAAUGUGGCGGCUGGGGGAGCCACUGUGGCCGGUGCUGCUGCAGCAGCCGCCCAGGUCGCCUCCGCCCUCGGCGCCACCACCGGCAGCGUGUCGGCAGCCAUUGCCACCGCCACGCCAGCCACCCAGCCGGACAUGCCCGUCUUCACGUGCCCGCGUCGCCCGAAUCUCGGACGCGAAGGUCGUCCGAUUGUGCUGCGCGCCAACCACUUCCAGGUGACGAUGCCCCGCGGCUACGUCCACCAUUACGACAUCAACAUCCAGCCGGACAAGUGCCCGCGCAAGGUGAACCGGGAGAUCAUCGAGACCAUGGUCCACGCCUACAGCAAGAUCUUCGGCGUGCUGAAGCCUGUGUUUGAUGGCCGCAACAACUUGUACACCCGGGACCCGCUGCCCAUUGGCAACGAGCGUCUGGAGCUGGAGGUCACCCUGCCCGGCGAGGGCAAGGAUCGCAUCUUCCGCGUGACGAUCAAGUGGCAGGCGCAGGUCUCGCUCUUCAACCUGGAGGAGGCUCUCGAGGGUCGCACCCGCCAGAUACCAUAUGAUGCCAUCCUGGCGCUCGACGUGGUGAUGCGUCAUCUUCCCAGCAUGACGUACACGCCAGUGGGACGCAGUUUCUUCAGCUCCCCCGACGGCUACUACCAUCCCUUGGGCGGUGGUCGUGAGGUGUGGUUCGGUUUCCAUCAGAGUGUGAGGCCUUCGCAGUGGAAGAUGAUGCUCAACAUCGAUGUCUCGGCUACGGCUUUCUACAAGUCCCAGCCCGUGAUUGAUUUCAUGUGCGAGGUUCUGGACAUUCGCGACAUCAACGAGCAGCGCAAGCCCCUCACCGACUCCCAGCGAGUGAAGUUCACCAAGGAGAUCAAGGGCCUGAAGAUCGAGAUCACCCACUGCGGCCAGAUGCGCCGCAAGUACCGCGUGUGCAACGUCACCCGUCGUCCUGCCCAGAUGCAAUCAUUCCCAUUGCAACUGGAGAAUGGCCAGACCGUGGAGUGCACUGUGGCCAAGUACUUCCUGGACAAGUACCGCAUGAAGCUGCGCUACCCGCAUCUGCCCUGCCUCCAGGUGGGUCAGGAGCACAAGCACACCUACCUACCGCUGGAGGUGUGCCACAUCGUCGCCGGCCAGCGCUGCAUCAAGAAGCUGACCGACAUGCAGACCUCGACGAUGAUCAAGGCCACCGCCCGCUCGGCCCCCGACCGCGAGCGCGAGAUCAACAACCUGGUGAAGCGCGCCGACUUUAACAACGACUCCUAUGUGCAGGAGUUCGGCUUAACCAUCUCCAAUUCCAUGAUGGAGGUGCGCGGGCGCGUUCUCCCGCCCCCGAAGCUUCAGUAUGGGGGACGUGUGUCCACGGGAAUCACUGGUCAGCAGCUGUUCCCGCCGCAGAACAAAGUGAGUCUCGCGUCACCCAACCAGGGUGUUUGGGAUAUGCGUGGCAAGCAGUUCUUCACCGGAGUGGAGAUCCGCAUCUGGGCCAUUGCCUGCUUUGCUCCCCAGCGUACCGUGCGCGAGGAUGCGCUGCGCAACUUCACUCAGCAACUCCAGAAGAUUUCCAACGACGCCGGCAUGCCGAUAAUUGGCCAGCCCUGCUUCUGCAAGUACGCCACCGGACCGGAUCAGGUGGAGCCGAUGUUCCGCUACCUGAAGAUCACUUUCCCGGGGCUGCAGCUCGUCGUUGUGGUGCUUCCCGGCAAGACCCCAGUGUAUGCCGAGGUGAAGCGCGUGGGCGACACUGUCCUGGGCAUGGCCACCCAGUGCGUGCAGGCCAAGAACGUGAACAAGACGUCGCCGCAGACGCUGUCCAAUCUCUGUCUCAAGAUCAACGUCAAGCUGGGCGGCAUCAACUCGAUCCUGGUGCCCUCCAUUCGGCCGAAGGUCUUCAACGAGCCGGUUAUCUUCUUGGGAGCGGACGUCACUCACCCGCCGGCUGGCGACAACAAGAAGCCAUCGAUUGCCGCCGUGGUCGGGUCCAUGGAUGCUCAUCCGUCCCGCUACGCGGCCACAGUGCGAGUGCAGCAGCAUCGCCAGGAGAUCAUCCAGGAGCUGAGCAGCAUGGUACGGGAGCUGCUCAUAAUGUUCUACAAGUCAACGGGCGGCUACAAGCCCCACCGCAUCAUACUGUACCGCGACGGCGUCUCCGAGGGCCAGUUCCCCCACGUGCUGCAGCACGAGCUCACCGCCAUCCGGGAGGCCUGCAUCAAGCUGGAGCCGGAGUAUCGGCCGGGCAUCACGUUCAUUGUGGUGCAAAAGCGUCAUCACACGCGUCUCUUCUGCGCCGAGAAGAAGGAGCAGAGCGGCAAGUCGGGCAACAUACCCGCCGGCACCACCGUCGACGUGGGCAUCACCCAUCCCACCGAGUUCGACUUUUACCUUUGCAGUCACCAGGGCAUCCAGGGCACCAGUCGGCCCUCGCACUACCACGUGCUGUGGGACGACAACCACUUUGACUCGGACGAGUUGCAGUGCCUCACGUACCAGCUGUGUCACACCUACGUGCGCUGCACCCGAUCCGUCAGUAUACCGGCCCCGGCGUACUAUGCGCACUUGGUGGCCUUCCGUGCCAGAUAUCAUCUUGUCGAGAAGGAGCACGAUUCGGGCGAGGGCUCGCACCAGAGCGGGUGCUCGGAGGACCGCACACCCGGCGCCAUGGCCAGGGCCAUCACUGUGCAUGCGGACACCAAGAAGGUCAUGUACUUUGCCUAAAAAGUAUCUCGUCCCUCCCACAAAACGAAAGGAAAGAAACACGAAGCCCCCACAAACACACAAACACCCACAAACCAACACCAACACCAAAAAGCUAAGGAAUACAAAAUCAAUUUCGAAAGUCGAUUCGAAUAAGCUAAACCACCACAGCAUCCACAGCAGCAUCCCAACCCUCAGAUCAGCAAGCGGAUGAAAGCCAAGCAUGUUUUUAGGAUUAAGUUUAAAGUUACGAGUUACAUUUAUUUUAGGAGAGGAGAGGAAAGAAAGUAUAGAAGUACAGAACACGAGGAUCUUGCAUGCAUAUAUUAGUUUUUAUAAAAAAUCCCACAAAGACACUCACACAUCCACACUCACACCAAGGCAGGCGCGAAAUUAUAGGUAUGUAGGGAAGGAAUCGAAUGUUAUGCACAAGUUGGCGCAACUGAAGGUUAAAAUAAACGAAAGCGAAUUGUGAAAAUUCUCAACAAAUGUAAGAAAAGCGUAGCAAACAAAAAACUGCAAGUAAAUAGAAAUCAACUUAAGGGAACAAAAGAAGAUAAAACUACGACAGCAACAGCAACAACAACACCAACACAAAAACAACAAAAGGCAAGAAAAGCUAAAAAACACGUCAUCAUACACGAGAGAGAGAUAAACUUUUCUAAUAGAAAUUACGAUUAAAUUGUACAAUAUAUUUUUACACGAUACGAAAUGAAGACAUGAAUGAAUGCAUACAACCAAAGGUUUUUAGUAUACAAACAAAAUGAAUAAGUUGCUGAUCGACUCACCACAACAACAACAACAACACACCAACACACCAACCAACAACAAACAACACCAAUAACUCGGAUUCUCUGUACUGUGAACGAAGACCACCACCAAAUUAAUUAAAAAAGAAGUGAAAAUAUUUUAAAAAAUGCCACAUAUAGCUGAUGAAGCUGAUGAAGUUGGAGAGAGCGUAAACACAAGUUAGCAUGUACUAAGGAAACAAAGAAAAAUACUUCAAUAACUAAGGCGCAGAUUAAAGCUAGCCAGGACAUUUAAUAGUUUGUAAGUUGGGCUCUACCAAAAAAAAAAAUCAGAGAAUGCCAGAAGAUUGAAAAAAAGAAUGUAUGUAUGGGUGAUGAUGAGAGCGCGGCCGAGAACCGAUAACCGAGAACUGCAAUUUCAACAAGGGACAAACUUUUGGUCAAACAAUAUCUUAUAUACUUAUAUAUGGAGCAGAGUGGUUAUAUAUAUAUACAUAUAUGUAUACCUAGCGUAGGAGUCAAGUUUAAACGUUUUUUUUUAUUAAAGAAAACAAAAACAAAAGCCUAUAUUGAGGAUGAUAAAUACUUAAAUUCAAAAGUGCAAAUAACACGCUAACAGCAGUGCGUUAGUAGUGCAGAUAUUUUAUGUUUAGUCUUUAGUUUUGACCUCUUGUAUGCACAUUAAUACAAACACCCACACUCAGAGCUACUCCCCUCCCAAACACCCCACACCCACCCCACGCCAACCCGAGUCCAAGGCAUAUCACUCAAAGACCCUCUUAUUUAUGUACCUUUUACUAAAUUAGCUAAACCCCACUCUAGUAUAUUAUAUAUAUUUUUUAAUUUUUUUAAAACGGCAAAACCAACACAAAUCUAGUUGAUUUCAUUAUGUUAUUUUUUUCGAAUGGUAUAACACAAGUACCAAACAGGCAUCUGAUUCAUAAAUUGUAAUUGCGUAUUAAAUAACUUUAGAGCCAAGUGGUGUACGGGUAAUAUAAACUAGGCAACUUUUCUCCAAACGCCCCCUCCCUCCCCCACGGAGAGGUGGGGGUGGCGCAGGAGAGGUGGCAACUACAUUUCAAUAUUUUACAAAGUAGUUUUAGUUUUGCAAUUCAACCAUCAACAAACAUGCAACAAGCAACAAACAAAAAUAAAUAUGAUGGAACGUCGUAUGCUUAAUAAUUGUACUAUAUCGAGGACACAGUUCAAGUUAACAUUAUAAUCAGUUGUUAUUUAUAAGGUCCGGGGAUCGGUGUUUGCUCUCCAGCCGCCCCCGGGCCGAACCUUAUUUAUAAACGUGUACCAUCUAUUACAGAAACUUUAUUUUAGAUUUAGUUUUCAACGUUUGCAAGCUGUUUUGCCAAUCAUACACGAUGUGAACAUUAUAAAAUACAUAUUUAAAUCUA